AUGAUCAAGAUCUGGAGUCUCAAGAAGGACGAGGAGACGGCAAGGAAGAAGAAGCCAAAGACGAGUCCAGCACAAUUGAGAGUCCAAAAAGGUGAGCUGCCAAGCUAGGAAAGGGCCAGCACUUGCUCGCAGCCGAGCAGAUUAGAUCGGACUUCGGGCGUUGGCUAGCAUGCAGACUCUAACUCCAGGUCUGCCUUUCACGCUCCCUCACAGACCUCACCGAGCUGGAGCUGCCGACGACCAUGAAGACGACUUUCCCGGACCCUGCAGAUGUGCUCAAUUUUCAGCUCAACAUUCAGCCAGAUGAAGGUGAGGAGCUAAUGCAGUACGGAUAUCUGCGGGAUAAGACCGGUUUUCGAGGGUGCUACUGGCUGCCGGCUGCACCAGUAUUUCAGGUAUUUGGAUGAGCCGCCAUUGAAUGAAGAGAUCAGUGUUUGGCGAGCCAUGUGACGUUCUCGCGCUGGUGUGGGGCCAGGAACAGAAUCGCAGGUCCGAAAGGCCCAGCUAGGCCGCCAUCAAAUCGCAAGCUGAGCUGUUCAGAGUCUCAGCUCAUUCUUGCACCUCCAACAGGACCCCGAUCGGCUUGGAGCGCGCAAGACCAGCCAUCUGAGCUGUGGGCAUCUUGUCCGAAGCUUGAAUUGCUGACGUGCUGUAUUUGAUUCGCUUCGUCAGGCAUGUACAAGGCCGGUUCAUUCAACUUCUCUUUCGCGAUCAACAACAAUUACCCUCAUGAUCCUCCGAAAGUCAGAUGUUUGCAAAAGGUGCGUGUAGACUCGAGAAGGCCAAGGGAAGCUAUUUGAGGACCCGACAGCUCUGACUUCAAAAGUGAUGCAACCUUGUGGCAGAUCUAUCACCCAAAUGUGGAUCUCGAAGGCAACGUUUGCUUGAACAUCUUGCGAGAGGACUGGAAGCCAGUCUUGAAUCUUAAUUCGGUCAUGGUGGGCCUACAGUACCUGUUUCUGGAACCGAACGCAGAUGAUCCCUUGAACAAAGGUGAGCGUUGCGUCCCUCAUCUUCGCUUGAGAACGUGGUUGUAAUCUGCGCGUUCUGACACGGAGCUGCGUUUGCGCUUUUGCAUCGUUCAUAGAGGCGGCCGAGGACUUGAGGCAAGAUAGAACGGGCUUUACGAAGAACGUAAAGACCUCAUUAGCUGGAGGCUCUGUCAGUGAGUAGAGUACCCGCUCCACGCAUGAAGUCAUGCGCCUCCUGCUCCAGCGUGUGCUGCCGCUCACCACGCACACCCUCCUUGUGCGAUAGAGGGCAUCUCGUACGACAAUGUCAGCAAGUAA